AUGGAUCAAGCCGACAGCGAACAAUUGGUGGUUGGGCAAGAUGCGAGGAACAAGAGGAGACGUUUGCUGAAAUGGCUAUCUAUUGGACUGACUGUGCUUUCUGUCAUUGGAAUAUCCAUCGUUAUUGCGUACCCUCUCGCCAAACGACGUCCCGCCGCAAAAUUCGACUUUCCAACAACUGUGACCAUUGACGACACCCGUGUCCACCUUGUGUUUGGAGAGGGAAACGGCAACAUGGUGACCGAGGCGAUUAUCGAAACCGGAGAAGUGGAGCACGUUACGGUCCAAAUCACCGAAUCGUAUGUCUCUGACCGCACAAACAUCGACAACAAGGACAAGGUCUUGGACCCCGUGGUCAAAUUCGACAACGUCAAGAGUGACACUGGAACGCUUGUCAGAUACACGGUCGCAUCCAAAUACCAUCCCGAGGACAGCGCCCAGUUCAAGGUGUUGAUCUCGUUCCCACGCCUUUUCGACGGCGAGCUUACCAUCGACGGAACGACACUGGAUAUCAACACCUGGAAUCUAGGAAAUGCCAACCUCCGCCUGUUGCAUCUCUCGACAGAUAUCGGUAACAUCACUUUCCACAACGGGUCUCGGACCGACUCAGGAUACGGAAUUUACCAACCGACUAUGCGAACAAAGGCCCUCUACGCCAACAUCCGCCAACGAGGAUCCAUCCUCCUCAAUUCACCCAUGGUAGCCGCAGAAUACUCUCGAGAUUUCCAUGCCCACCUCGAGACCCGUGAGGGCGAUAUCACCUUUGAAGCCCUGACCAACAUGUUUAGUUCCACCCCACAUGGUGAGCCGUGGUAUCCAACAGAGCCGACGGAAACGCUUCACUACUUCAACCUAGUCGCCCACAAGGGUAAUAUUGAUUUUGAUAUCCGAUUCGAUGGAGUGUACAUUGGACCAUGGUAUAUUGGCACAACCAGAAUUGACGCCAAGGCGGACUCGGGUUCGAUUCAGGGGAAUCUCAGGAUUGGUCGGCUCGUCAAUGCGUUUGUUGUCAUGCAGGCAACCCAUGGAUGCGACCUGCGCCUGUCCAACAACUUCCUAGGUCUCCUAUCUCUGAUCUCGUCUACAGGAAACGCAAUAGUCGUGCCUAGCCCACACAAUACAGAUGUAUUCACGGACCUACGACACCCUCAGCGUGGACUGAAAUACAUCUUCAAAUACAUGGACGGCGAGCCGUAUUAUGUCGACACUCUGAGCCUUAAGACUUUGAACGGCGAUGCUGGAGUUUACUUUGAGGAUUAUGUCUUUGACGAUGAUGGCUAUGGAAACGUAUCUACAAUCCGACAUUACUAG